AUGUUUACUGAGGACACUACAUCUGAUUUGAAGACAUUAUACGCUUGCGCAUUAGUCAGUAGACAAUGGUGUAUAGAUGCUAUUCCAUAUUUAUGGGCAAAUCCGUUUAUAAACCCAAGAGGAAAGACCCCGCUCUCCACUCUGCGUCGAUUACUUACUUGCAAAGAACGAACAAAACUCGGGAUCGCAGCGUGCGAUAAAGAUUGUCAUUUGGAGAGCGGGUGUGAUUGCGAUAACAAUGAUGCGGCGCAGUUAGCUUUCAACUACCCCGAAUUCAUCACAACAAUAAAUCUUCACCGUUUGACAGAUUGUUAUGAACGCGAAUUUGAAAAUAACGAGUCUGCCAAUACGAUGAGGGUAAUACUUGAACUGCUUGUACGGCAUGGCACUCGAUUAAAAGUAUUGGAAGCAGGUUGGGACGAAGGAAUGAUUUUCUUUGAAUAUAAAGUCCUUGUACAGAGGCUAAAAAAAUUUAAGCUGCUUGGGUCACUGUAUACAAUAUUGGACCAGGUAGGAAAGUAUUGUAAAAACGUGGAGUUUCUCUAUAUCCCUUUUUGCGAUUUUGCCUCGGAAAAAGUACAAUCCUCGUUCUCUUCUGCAAUAACAGCAAUAGCGUCUCAACGCUCUUUAAAACAUCUUACUCUAAGUGGAAGCCGUUCUCCGGACCAUGCCUCCUUUCGGUCCCUAAUUGAAUCCAUUUUAACACAAGCCUCAACGUUAGAGACCAUCACACUCGAUCGGUUCUAUUUCGAUAACGACGACAUGUUCAAAGUACUUGCUAGUUGCACAAAACUGAGGAUAAUUGAUUUUAAAAGAUGUCGGGUUAAGGACGAUAAGGUUGUGGAAGUGUUGGUGAAUAGUAAUUUAGAAAAGUUGGAAAAGGUCGUGGUGAUGAGUAAUUGUGGAAGCAUGAAGUUGUUGCAAUGGGCUAUUAGAAUAUCCGGAGAACAUUAUGGUUAUAAAACUGACGUUUGUUUGUAUUAG